ACAAUGACGGUGACCGGUGUUUUAAAAACAGCCAGAUUAUUGCGUUUAUUACGUGUUAUUAGAAGAAUUGAACAAUUUGCCCAAUAUGGUGUGGCUGUCUUACUGCUGUUAAUGGUGACUUUUACACUUAUAGGACAUUGGCUAGCCUGUAUAUUUUAUGCUAUAGCUAAUAUGGAACGAGCUGAUCUUCAUGCUAGGAUCAGUUGGUUAGAUGGUCUUGCUGACACAACUAAAAGACCAUAUUUUCCCAAUGACACUACAAGUGGACCUACGAUAAGGUCAAAAUAUAUAACUGCAUUAUAUUUCACAUUUACAAGUUUAACCAGUAUAGGUUUUGGUAAUGUGGCACCCAAUACGAAUGCUGAGAAGAUAUUUUCUAUAUUUGCUAUGAUGUUAGGAUCUCUGUUGAGUGCUGCUAUAUUUGGUAACGUUUCUUCCAUUAUGUUGAGGUUGUAUCAAGGCUCCGAUGAAUAUCACGAAAAUGUACAAAGUAUUAAAGAAUUUAUAGCAUUUCACCAAAUUCCAAAAACCCUCGCCAACCGUCUUCAAGAAUCCUUUCAACAUUCCUGGACGUAUACUAAUGGUAUUGAUAUGAACAACGUAUUAAAGGGUUUUCCAGAUUGUUUACAAGCUGAUAUAUGUCUUCAUUUAAACCGUAAUUUAUUGAAUAAUUGUUCAGCAUUUAAAGGCGCCAGUCCAGGUUGUUUGCGAGCUUUAUCACUAAAGUUCAAGUCAACACACGCGCCACCAGCAGACACACUGGUUCACCCUGGUGAUAUUAUAACAGCAAUAUAUUUUAUAGCUCGUGGCUCUAUAGAAAUAUUAAAAGACGAUAUUGUUAUGGCUAUAUUAGGUAAAGAUGAUAUAUUUGGUGAAGAUAUAAAGAAUAGUAUAGGCGUAGGAAAGUCAAUGUAUAGCGUUAGAGCUUUAUCUUACUGUGAUAUCAAUAAAAUCGAACUUCACGAUUUUAAAGAAAUUCUUCAAACAUAUCCCGAAUUCUCAGAAACUUUCAAACAACAAUUCCAGGUUACUUUUAACUUACGUAAGGUUAGUAUAUAA